AUGCAGAUCUACGGCUUGCUCAUCCUGGCCAGCCCACCCGGUGCUGGUGCGGUACCGCUGACGACAGCGUGGGAGCUCGGCUCGUUUGGCUUCUUCCAGCGUGGAACGGUGCAGGACAUGAUGGGAUUCAUGGCGAGGACGGUAGCGGAGCGAACACAACCGACACAGCGUCAAUCCGUCCAAGAGAACUCGUAUGUUGCGCACGUACACGCGCGCCCGGCAUCCGAUGGGCUCGCGGGCGUCCUCAUCACCGACACCGAGUACCCCGCGCGCGUCGCCCACUCGCUCCUCAACAAGACCCUCGACGAAUUCGUCAUCAAGGUGCCAAAGUCGCAGUGGGAGGCCAAGGUCAAUGCGAUCACCACCGGGUCUGCCACUGCACCGCCAAAGGGCGAGCCGCUGCUGGGACUGAGCGCCUUCCCGCAAAGCGUCGACUACGUCAAGAGAUACCAGGAUCCCAGACAGGCGGAUACCAUUAUGAAGGUUCAACAGGAGCUGGAUGAGACCAAGAUCGUGCUGCACAAGACCAUUGACUCGGUCCUCCAGCGCGGCGAGGACCUCGACAAGCUCGUCGAAAAGUCCGGCACGCUGAGCGAACAGAGCAAGAUGUUCUACAAGACGGCCAAGAAGCAGAACUCGUGCUGCGUAGUCAUGUGA